AUGGCCGCUCACCCAAUUCAAGCAUUAGGGGAGGCAAUUGGCUCCGUGGGGGUCGACCCCAGGGCUUACCAGCUUUCUUCACUGUUUCAAGGAGCCAAUGAUGGCCCCGCAAAAACCGCUGCAAAGAUUACUGGUGUGCGAGGCCCCGGAAAAAGAGUGGAUGAUAGUACCUACUUCACAAGUAAUGAGGGCAUACCCUUCCCGGAUGGAGCUCACAGCAAGACCAUCGGAGGCAUGCCUGUGGCUUCUGAUAUCCAUCUAUUCCAGAAACAGCAGCACUUCAACCGAUCUAAAAACCUGGAGAGAAUGGUUCACCCUUGUGGCAGUGGGGCCUUCGGAUAUUUCGAGACAACUAAAGAUGUUACGGCGUAUUGCAAGGCCGAUUUCUUGAAAGGCAUUGGUCUCAAAACCCCAGUGUUCACCCGAUUUUCUACUGUCACCCUCGGUCGCGAGUUUCCCGAUCUGGCUCGAAACCCUCGUGGCUUUGCCAUCAAAUUUUACACGGGGGAGGGCAACUAUGAUAUUGUCGGGUUGAACUUUCCUGUCUUCUUUUGCCGUGAUCCCAUCCAAGGCCCGGAUGUGAUCCGCUCCCAAUACCGGAACCCACAGAAUUUUUUACUCGAUCAUAACUCGCUGUUUGAUCUUCUUGCUAACACACCGGAAGGUAACCAUGCGGGAAUGAUGUUUUUCAGUGACCACGGUACACCACAAGGAUGGAGACAUAAUCACGGAUACGGAUGCCAUACCUUCAAAUGGGUCAACAAAGACGGUAAAUUUGUCUAUAUAAAGUAUCAUUUCCUCGCCAAUCACGGUCAAAAGCAAUUCACUGCCGAUGAAGCCACGAGACUUAGCGGCGAAGAUCCCGAUUACUCCAAGCGCGACCUUUGGCGGGCCAUUGAAAAUGGCGAAGAGAUUACCUGGACUGCGCAUGUGCAGAUCAUGCAGCCGGAAGAAGCCGAUCCAGAUAAUCUUGGAUUUGACCCAUUUGAUGUCACCAAAGUUUGGCCCAAAAGCAAGUUCCCGUUGCGCGAAUUCGGCAAGCUGGUUUUGAACCGCAAUCCGGGGAAUUUUCAUAGAGAUGUUGAGCAGGCUGCAUUCUCUCCGGGCAGCAUGGUCCCAGGUAUAGAAGAUAGCCCAGAUCCUCUUCUUCAAUUUCGCACUUUCUUCUAUCGUGAUGCCCAACUGCAUCGAAUUGGAGUCAACUGGCAUCAAAUUCCAGUCAACUGUCCAUUCAUGGCAUCCUCUUACGCUUCAUUGAACUUCGAUGGCCAAAUGAGAGCCGACGCAAACCAUGCUGGAAAUCCACAGUAUGCACCGAACAGUUUCGUGAAUAAGUUCCGCCCUGAUACUGCCGAAACUCCAUACCAGGUUGCCGAUAGCACUGUGAGUCGUAAGUCGCAUUUCUGGCAUGAGGGCAGCCUCUCCGAGUAUGAGCAGACUCGAGCGCUCUAUGAAAAGGUUAUGAAUGGCAAAGCCCGGGAGCAUUUGCACUCGAACACUGCCUCCGCACUCAAGAAGGUCGAGUACCCCGUGAUCCAAAUGAAAUAUUUGGCACAGCUGUUCAAAGUUUCGCAUGAAUAUGCUAAAGCAGUGUACGAUCUGUUGCCGAAGAAAUCGUUCAGCUUCGACGAAGUGGAAGAAAUUUCCAGAGGAGCUGAGAAGAUGGGCAAGGAGGAAAAGUUCUGUCCAAGUGCGAAAACAGAUAAGUUAGUGGGAAAAUGUCCCGGCAAAAAGGUUUACAACGCCUAG